UUCUUUUCCUCUCUAGGAUCAAACCUUCUGAAUGGAGAUGAAAUCUGUUACACAUCGAAGCAUAUCCGGAAACGUAGCUUCAUGAAAGACACCUUCAAGUAUUUAGAUAUCCCUCCCGUUGAGGCAAUCACCGUACAUGAUGACUUCGAUUGCCACUCGAAAUGUCUGGAAAAUUCAAAGUGCCAUUCUAUUAACGUAGCUGCUUCUAAAGCGGCUGAUGGAAAGCUUUGGUGUGAGUUGCUGUCUUCGGAUAAGUACAAAAACUUUACCAUGUACCAUGUUAACCAAACCUCCAAUCAUUAUUUUCGGAAGGUUAGUGACUUUGUGAUAAGCUCGUGAUAUGUAGGGGUUUUUAAGGACAACAACUUCUCUAUUUAACUAGAGAUGAAACGUUACUGUGAAAUAUUGGGGGAAAAUAUUAAAAGUAUACAAACACAAAGGACAAAAAUAUUCCCCACUCCCUUCACCCAGAAAUUGAAACUAUGAUUCACUUUAGGCCAUGAGGAAGAAGCAAUUGUGACGCUGUAAAAAUUAUUUAGUGACUUGUAAAACAAAAGGACACUGGGAGAAAUAAAGCGAUAUUUAGGAUCCUAGUUUUGGGCAUAUAUUGAUGGAGUGUGUCAGUUACUUUUUUUAAAAUGCACUCAUAAACGACCUUUGUCUUUGUGAUUCGUCUUUGCAGUCACCCUGUUCCUCCUUCCCCUGUAAAAAUGGUGCUACCUGCGUCCCAAAUUAUGACGACGACACGUUCCACUGCAUCUGCAAGAAAGGGUUCAGCUCUAAAUUGUGCAGAACCGGUACAUAUCGAAGAAGCUUUGUUUUCUUUUGUUGUUUGCUUUGUCGUUGUUACUUCUCGCUCAACAUGGAAUUUAGAAGUGGGACCUAUGUUUAUCGAAAGAACCAUUUUAUUCUAUGGGUUAUUAGUCUGGGAUACAUCUUAUUUUACGAUCUUAAGCGCAUAUUUUUGAUUACGGAAUUCUUUUAUGUGAUCUGGCUUCAGCAAAACCGAAUCAUAUUCAAAUGAUCUUGGUCGUCCAUUUGUGCGAUGGUUCUUGAUUACUUUAGUGCUUUUCCAUGAAUAAAAUUUACCUUUUGCAUUGUUAGUUUCUCGAGCCGAGAAUUAUGGUGUGUAUGGAGAAUUCUCUUUACCGAGAAUUAUGGUGUGUUUCUUUUUUUUCUUUUUUUCCUUAACUGGUUUUUAUUAUGUUUUGUCUUUUGUGUUAUUGUCAUUUGUGCCGCUUUGUAGCUUGUCCUUGCUGGAGCUAUCGAAUUGUCGUCAUUUAAAUAUUCCAAGACUGUCAAUAACAGCAACACAAGUAUUACCGCAUAUUAAAAAGCAUCUCGACUUACUGAGCUAACAUUUGAACUUUAACAUGUUUUUUUACAGCUGUUGCCGGCUCUUGCAAAGAAGCGUACGAUUUACACAAGUGAGUACCACAAUAAUGCUUAAACAGUUUCAAACUCAAAGAACACAAACAACAAUUAAACAUGGUCUGAUCAGAAGACCUUAACGAGUCAGUCUGAUUUUUUCAUAAAGCUGCCGUGUCUUUGCAAAUGCGAAAAAUUAGCUGGAAAAAAUUGGAAAUUAAAAUAAUUAAAAUAAAUAAAAUAAAAUAUGAUAAAUUAAAUCCAUCUAUCCAUGAACAUGUACAAAAUUUUAAAAAUUCAAGGUAAAACUCAAUGAUAUGAGCUGUAGUUUAUUUAACGAAUAAAUAAGCCUUGACUGUGCUCUGUUCCGUUGGAAAGCCCGCAGGAAGCUGUAAGAGCACAAAAGAAGUGUAGGGAGACGCAGUCGAGCGUUUCUCCCCAUUUCUUAAGCUGGAAUUUUAACAGCUAUUCUUGUUUGGCUAUAAUUUUCAUCAUUCCUGUUUUGUUCUGUUACGGGUGUUAGCUGUGUUUGAUUUUAUUAAUGUUCGUAAGCUUGCAAUAUAACCGAGCGUGAAAAACUCGGAUUGUUUAUUUCGUUUUCUCUUUUUGUCUCUGCUCACGUUAUGAUAACGUAAACUACGGCGCUUGCCAUGUUUACAAACCUUUGUUUUAUUCUCCUGUUGCUAUUUUCCGGCUCGCUUGUUCUGGAAUUUAAUUUUUAGGUGACGUAAAAAACCUUGAGAGUCAAGUCCGGGAAAUCGUGGGACAUAGUACAAUUUGGCAGAUGGCGUGACAGCUUUAGCUCAGCUCCAAUACUCUGAUAUAGCACGCUCUUUCAACCAAUGAGAGCGCGCGUUAUAUCCGAACUUUAUUAUAAAUUCUCUUGACAGUAUGCAUGCGUGAAAUGCAAAGUUAAGCAGUUUCAUCUUGAUCCUUUGUUUUUCCAUUCCAUAGUUUUACACAAGAUGUGGUGGCGAGAAUAAAACUUCCAGCAGCAAACUUUAUGGUUCAGUGUCACAAAGAACUUUCUGGAUGUGGUGGUGGUGGAUGGACACCGGUUAUGAAGAUUGAUGGCAGUAAGGUGUGAUUUACAUUUUCUUCUUGAGAAACAUUGAUUUGCACUUUAAUUUAUAUUCGCUUGAUUAAUUCAUUACUUCCUAAUCAUUUAACUUUUUAAUAUAUAUUUUGUAAUUUCAAAAAUAAGCCUCAUUUUUCAUCUCUGGUCAAUCUGCGAUCUUUAGGUAUUUAUCGUCUGGGAUGGGUAAAGGACAGGGGAUCACACUGUUUUCUGGGGAAACGGAAAGGGAUAAGUCGUCCCUUACAGAGUAUAAGGGAGAAGGGGGGGUUUGGAGAAUUGACAUCUAAUUAACUGACAGUGUGAGGGGAGGAGGGAUAAUAAAAAUAUUAUAUAUGCGUUAUUGACCAAGUGCGAGGUCAAUAUGGCUGGAUAUUGGCUGAGCUUUUUUUUUUUCUUUUUUACGUUUUUAUGGACCGAGAGGAAGUAGUAAACCCAAGGAAGUCGUCUAGUUUUUUUUGCCACCUUUUUAGAUUGUCCAAAAAUCAUAAACUUUAUGUGUCCGCUCCAGAGCGGGCAAUCCCGCUCGGGUAGCCAAUCAGAACACGGUACUCACUUCUAUUGCCCACUGGCACUGCCAGCAAUAUAAUAAAUAGCCAUAUUGGGGAAUCAGGUUAAUUUUAUCAUUAAUAGACAAAAUUCCUCCUAGCCCACACAGGUGAUAAAUAAUGACCUUCCCAAAUCAGCUUAUCAAAAUCUAAUUUUCUUGAAUACUUGCUUGAAUUGUUUGCAACUACAUAAAAUAUCAUCCAUUUCGACCCAGACCACUUUUCAUUACGAUUCAAACUACUGGAAGAACAAAAUAGAUUACAACCGUCAUGCUGGAAAGACUGGAUUUGACGAUCAGGAAACCAAGCUUCCUACCUACUGGAACAGCUCUUUUGAUAAAAUCUGCCUCGGUAUGAAAAUUGGCGAUCAGCGCAGGUUCAUUCUUAUCAACAAGCAAGCUGAAUCACUUUACUCACUGAUAGCCGACGGGAAGUACCGUGCUACCUCCUUAGGUCGAGAUACUUGGAAGUCGCUGGUUGGUCCUGAAGCAUCAUUGCAAAAUUUGUGCAACAAAGAAGGAUUCAAUGCUGCAGAAUACAGCGGAACGUCCAAAUAUGCUCAUGUAAGAAUAGGUGUGAUAUCAAAUGAACUUAACAACUGUGCAGGAUGCGACUCCAGGCUUGGAUUUGGCGGAGGAGGACAACACGAUGACUCCAACACGUGUGGAAACGAAGCUUAUUAUCUAGCAGAUAACGGGAACAAAAAAAUCAAAGCAAUGGGAUACAUAUUUGUGCAGUAG